AUGGCAUCCGAGAAGCCUCAGAAGAUAGCGAUAUUGUCAGUCUACGACAAGACUGGCCUGCUCGACUUGGCAAAGGGUCUCGUAAAGCAGAAUGUCCGACUCCUUGCCUCAGGCGGUACCGCAAAGCUCAUCCGUGAAGCCAACUUCCCAGUCGAAGAUGUCUCCGCAAUCACCAAGGCACCCGAAAUGCUCUCAGGCCGUGUCAAGACCCUACACCCAGCAGUCCAUGCCGGCAUUCUAGCCCGUGAUCUUGCAUCUGACGAGAAAGACUUGGCUGAGCAGAACAUCAACAAGGUUGACUAUGUCAUUUGCAACCUGUACCCUUUCAAGGACACUGUUGCUAAGAUCAACGUGACCAUCCCGGAAGCUGUUGAGGAAAUCGACAUUGGCGGUGUCACACUCAUCCGAGCAGCAGCCAAGAAUCACGGCAGAGUGACCAUCUUGAGCGACCCAGAGGACUACCAUGACUUCCUGCAGGAGCUUGAGAAGGGCGAGGUUUCUGACAAGCAGAAGCAGCUGUACGCUUUGAAGGCCUUCUCACACACCGCAGACUACGACAACGCCAUCUCAGACUUCUUCCGCAAGAAGUAUGCUGGUGAUGGAUCUCAGCAACUCCCCCUACGAUAUGGCGCCAACCCUCACCAGAAGCCAGCCUCGGCCUUUGUCACAAGCGGGAAGCUCCCAUUCAAGGCAUUGAACGGCUCACCCGGCUACAUCAACCUGCUCGAUGCUCUCAACGGCUGGGCAUUGGUCAAGGAGCUUGACGAGGCUCUCGACUACCCAGCCGCUGCAUCAUUCAAGCACGUCUCACCAGCAGGUGCUGCCAUUGGUGUGCCUCUCAAGCACCCAGAGCACAAGGUAUACAUGGUUGAGAACGUUCAGGGGAUCGAAGAGUCAGGUCUUGCCCAGGCUUAUGCACGUGCCCGAGGUGCAGACCGCAUGUCGAGCUUCGGUGACAUGAUUGCUUUGUCACGAGAGGUCGAUGUGCCAACGGCCAAGAUCAUCAACAUGGAAGUAAGUGACGGUGUGAUCGCUCCAGGAUACCAAAAGGAAGCCCUUGAAAUCCUGCAGAAGAAAAAGGGUGGCAAGUAUCUCGUCCUCCAGAUGGACGCCAACUACAAGCCAGGCCCACAAGAGCAGCGCACAGUCUACGGCAUCAACUUGACACAGUCGCGCAAUGAUGCCACCAUCUCGCCGGAGAGCACCUUCAACUCGGUCCUCAUCCCAAGAGACUCCAAGCAGCCACUGCCAGAAUCCGCACUUCGGGACUUGACCGUUGCUACCAUUGCCCUCAAGUACACACAGUCCAACUCUGUCUGCUACGCACUCAACGGCCAGGUCAUCGGCCUCGGCGCAGGUCAACAGUCCCGCAUCCACUGCACUCGUCUUGCUGGUGACAAGGCUGACAACUGGUGGAUGCGCUUCCACGAGCGCACCCUCGGCCUCAAGUGGAAGCAGGGCUCGAAGCGUGCUGACAAGUCGAACGCCAUUGACCUUCUUUGCGCCGGCAUUGUGCCAGAAGAUGAGGAGGGUCCUGAGCGUAAGGACUGGGCGGCCAAAUUCGAGGAGGCUCCAAAGCCAUUCACUGCCGAGGAGCGCAAGGAGUGGCUGAGCAAGCUGACCGGCGUGGCCUGCUCGAGUGAUGCUUUCUUCCCAUUCAUCGACAACGUCUUCCGCACCUCUAGGAGUGGUGUCAAGUACAUUGCCGCGCCAGUUGGAAGCCAGAACGACGAGGCAGUGAAGAGCACUGCAGAGCAGCUCGGUAUCACAUUUAUCGAGCAGCACAUCCGACUCUUCCACCACUAG